UGGUUAACGCGGGUAUAAAAGCAAAUCUUGGAUACCUAUGACCCAGUUCGUGGUUUGUUGUCCAAACUUGAUGUCCAGACAACUGCUGCUUGUAGUGAAUACCAAGAAAAAUGUGUAAACUUGGGCAAAUUGCGUUCGCCUUCUACGCGCUGCUCGCAUGCGUCUACGGUGUGCCGGUGAGCAAAACGACAAGUUUGCACAGCGCUUACCCGACGAUCGCCUCCCCGCUGGGCGACAUCCAGGGCUCCAUUAUAAACUCUCGACUCGGCAAGCACAUCUACGCCUUCCGCGGCAUCAGAUACGCCAAGGCGCCCAUCAACGAACUCAGAUUCCAACCUCCGCAAGCGCCGGAAAAAUGGGAAGGAGUGUAUAAUGCGACACAGGAUGGCCCUGCGUGUCCACAACCUUAUUUGGAGCCUACCAGUGAAGAUUGCCUACUUUUGAAUGUCUACACAACAAAGCUUAAUAAAGGUAACGAUAAUCCAAAACGUCCAGUUAUUGUCUUCUUUCACGGAGGUGACUUCACAAACAAGUCUGGAAUGAGCACCAUUCUAGGCCCACACUAUCUCUUGGAUCAAGACAUAGUUUUGGUGACGGCGAAUUACCGCCUGGGCGCACUUGGCUUCCUGAAUACCGGCGAUAAAGAAGGCACUGGCAACUAUGGGAUGAAGGAUCAAGUUGAAGUUUUGAAGUGGGUCAAAGCAAACAUUGCUGCCUUCGGUGGUGAUGCUGAUGAGGUCACUCUAGCAGGACAUGGAGCUGGAGCUUUCAGUGUUUCUUUGCACUUAGUCUCACCUUUAUCUAAAGGUUUGUUCAAUAAGGCUAUCAUUAUGAGUGGCUCUGCAUUCGGUAACGUCCCAAUCUCCAACAACAAUUUGGAUGUGAUCCAGAAACUGGCGAAACAUUUAAGCUGCCCGAUUGACUCCACCGCUAAUUUGAUUAAGUGUCUGCGAGGAAAAACAGUAAAGGAGAUCACCGAUCACAAUGUAGAUCUGAAAGUUUUAGUAAGUACAGAGGACCCGCACUAUCUGUGGUUGCCUACCAUUGAAGAAGACUUUGUACAAUCGCGGUUCCUAACUGCCCACCCGCUGGAACUCAUUGCUCAGGAGAAAUUGAAUAAAGUGCCUGUUUUGAUUGGAUCUACAAAAGACGAGUUUGGAUGCAAAGCUUUCUGUCUGACCAACAAUGAUACGGAACUACAACUCAUGGACAAUGAAUUUGAGAAAUACGCACCGCAAGUUUUCAUGUACGAGAAGGAGACUGAAAAUUCAAAAAUCAUUUCCAAGGCUUUAAGGACCUUCUACUUGCAGGAUGCUAAAAUCGAUAAUUCAUCUCUUUCUAAAUUAGCUUUAUUCUUCACUGAUGCCAUUGUUGGUUAUGGCGUGAACCAUGCCGCCAAUGUAAUCGCCGAGAAGAGCAACGAGAGUGUCUUCUACUACAGUUUCACUUACGCUGGCAAAUACAGCAACUUCUACGACCCAACAACCAACAACAGCACACCAUACGGAGUCGUCAACGGCGAUGACCUCAUGUACCUCUUCCACUCCACCAGCUUCCCUGAUUUCAAGGAGAGUGAUCCCGAGACUACCAUGCUACAGAAAAUGACCGCGUUGUGGGCGAACUUCGUCCAAUCCGGCAAACCUAUUCCCACCGUUACAGAUAUCCUCGACAACACCAAGUGGGAACCAUAUACAACCAAAAAUAAAAAAUACAUGGAAAUCGGUAAUAAGCUGGUAAUGCGUGAGAAUCUCAAUGAGAAGCGCUACAGUGAAUGGGACCAGGUGUUCCCACCCAACAGGCAUACAAAAGUACAAUCUGGUUGAGAAACUAAAUGAUCAGUAUAUUGAUUCAUAUUAAUAUUUACUGGACGAAAAUAAAUGUUUUAUAAUUAUUCGAUGUAUACGAUUAUACGUUAUAUUUGCAGUUAGA